UAUGACCAGAGGCUUGGUCGACGAGAUGGUCACUAAAUGUAAAGACUAUCUCAUUGCACAAUGUAGGUCGCAGUGGUCGAAUGCAAGUGCUGGACCAUGCCUACAUUGACGCCUUUGAAUCAAACGGUUUCCAAGAGUUUCGAUUCUUCUUGAUAAGGUGCAUCAUCGGUUCUUGCAGUCCUAUGGGAUCGAAGUGGGUACAACACAUUUCGCUGUACAGUAUGAGAAAGGUGCUCCAGGAUGGCCUGGGCAUGGGCAUAGGCGUGGCUGCGGCGGAAGUAUCUUUUGAAAUUGCCGCUGCUUCGGACCUUCACAUUAAUCAGCCGGCAUGGACCUCCCCUUAUCACAACAGAACUUGCUUUUCACGAAAGGCAUACUACACAAUAAUCGGAGGUAGGUUUUCAGCAAAAGGUCUCGACCGAAAAGAAAUUCCGUGGAUGCCUUUUCUUGUGUCCAAGGUCACGUAUUUUCGAUAAGCUCGAAAUUCGCUUUAGCAAUUUGCAGUAAAUCGUACGUUCAGGAGGAAGGAAGGAGUAUGGACAUGCGCGGCGAAGGGAGUCGGAUUCGGAACUCUUGAUAACAUGAAGGAGGAGGAAAAAGAGUGCGCCGCUCGUAACAGAGACUGCCUUGCACGGCAGCGUCUUGCGCAUGACGUACGUGAUCGAAGGCUCGCGUUGCAAUGCACGACGAGCAGCGGAGCAGAGCAGAGAAGGGGAGGAGGAGGGGGCCCGAAUAGCAGCAGCACCGAGUCGGGAGACGUUAUAUGGCGCGGCACGACGCGCCAUUCGCAGCGCCUGCAGGUGUCGGCGAUGGGCGCGAGCGGCGGGGCCCCCGAGCCAGCAGCGUCCCUUGGGUUCACAAGCACGAGCACGAUGAGAGGCCCGGGCUCGGGACCCAGCCGUUCUUCGGAAGACGA